UUCGGUAUCAUGAAACACUAAAGACCUAAAACCGAAAAUUUAACUAUCAUUAUUAAAAUUAUUUUGUGUGAUUAUUAAACAUUUAUUUUGUAUUGUUGAACUGUUCUCAAGCUUUUAAAGUUUAAACAAAAUGUAUAAAAAUUAUUGGUGCGUUUUAUUUGUAACGUUAACGUAUUGUUACUACUAUGCGGUUACGUCGUACGUUAUUGAACCCUACAACGUUGACGAACCAUCGAAAUCAAGCUCUGAAUCGUUUGCAAUCGCCGAAGCGGAUGGAGAUGGUUCUCAUUUAUGUUAUGGAUGCCAUAAACAUACAGCAGAAGCAACAAAAAUCACAAUCUCCGAAGUGGAUUUAACGGCUUUACGAAUUGAGUAUAUUAAACAGCAAAUACUGAAAAAACUACGUUUAAAAGAACCGCCAAAAGGUUUAAUGUCGUUAUCGGAUCUACCAAAACCGCUUGAGAAAGGUGAUGCUCUUUUAGUUCACGAUUCCGAGCAUGCAGCGGAUGAACAGUAUUUUGCUAAAACUACACAAGCGGUUCUGUUCCCAUUCGAUGUUAUGGAAGGUUGUGAUGAAGAUCGACGCACACCAGCUGCAUGUUUUUCAUUACAAUUACCGUACGAUUUGGAUUAUCAAAAUAUUCGCUCCGCUGAGUUAUGGUUAUAUAAACGACCCGAUAUGUUUGAUAGUCAUAAUCAAACGUUUGUCAUCUCUGAAAUGGCUCAUUGGGAUCCAAAACAUAGUUUUCCACGUAUUAAACCAAUUGCCAUACUUGAAACAGCUACUGAAGAGGGUUGGAUCCGUGCAGAUAUUGCACCCUCCGUCCGUGAAUGGCUCCAAUACAAUGAGUACAAUCACUCAAUCAACGUUGCAUGCAAGACUUGCGGCAUGGAUGUCUCUGAAUCACCGAUAUCCCAUAAAACGGAGCAUAAAUUAUUCCUAGUAAUAUCAACAUACUUCCAUCAGAACCCAACGGCAAUGCAAUAUGAUGCCUCCGCACGAACGGGACGAAAUCGUCGUCAUAAUAUGAAUUGUAAUCCAGAUGCAAAAGAAUGUUGUCGGGAAAAUUUGUAUAUUUCAUUCAAGGAUAUCGGAUGGUCUGAUUGGAUUAUAUUUCCAAGUGGAUAUAAUGCAUAUUUCUGUCGGGGAUCCUGUACCUCAGCGGCUGCGGUUACUGUCAGCGGAUCGCAUUAUAAUUCUAUUAUUCGGGCAUACUUAUAUCAAGGUGUUCCAGAAAAUUUACGCCUUGAAUUGUUACCAUGUUGUACGGCCACGCAGUUCCAGCCGUUACAAUUACUGUACAUGGACAAUAACAAUACAAUUACACUGAAAAUGUUACCAAAUAUGAUUGUGGAAUCGUGUGGAUGUUUGUGAUAACACGGGAAUUGGAAUAGAAACAAGAACAGGAUCAAAAAACAUCUGAUUAUGUUUUUAAUGUAACUUAGAAAAACAAAAUAUUCUGGAAUAAAUCAAUUGAGUAUAUAUGCGCAAUUCAGCUGCGUUUUUGAGUUUGAGACUAAGUGACAUGAGUUUGUGAAGUACGUAAUUUUGUGUGAAGUAUUCAAGAAAAUCAAACCUGAUUUCAUUUUUGAUUUUUUGUAUUUAUUUAUACAUCGCACUAAAACAUCGCACUAAAGUAUUCGUCCCAGCCAUUUUAAAUUCCUAGAAAAAUCAAUGGCAUAUUUCGAACUCUUCAAUUUACUCACCAUCAGUAUGAAUCAACUAUCGAAGUACUUAUUGAAGUGAACAUUUGGGCACUUUUGGGAUAGCCAAAAAGUAUUGAAGUCGCGUGACAAAAACUUGUCUAAUGCAACUUUUCGAGAAGACGUAACAGUCGGUGUAUAUACGAAUACUGAAGUUUUAGUGCUCUAAUCAAAGCAAUAUGAAUCAAUAUCGAUUAUUUUUUGUUAAGCCUUUAGCGGUUGGAUUAGCGGAUUCCAUUUUAAACGAAGUAUUAGA